AUGGCUCCAUGUAACAGGAUCGAGGACACGGAUAACAACAUGGGAAAAGAUAUGAGAAAGCUGAGGAAACCCGUUAUUGAGAAGAUGAGGAGAGAUCGCAUUAACAGCAGCAUUGAGCAGCUGCGGCUUUUACUACUGGAGAAAGAGUUCCAGAAACAUCAACUGCCCUCCAAACCAGAGAAGGCCGACAUACUGGAGAUGACCGUCAGCUUACUUAGAGAGCAGCUCCACAGAGCAACCAAAGCCGUGGCUCCCUGCAAACCAGCUUUCCCACCAUCGAUGAAGGAAGCAAGCUUUCUUCCAAACAACAAAUAC